AUGCCAGACAAGUGCCCUGACAGCUCCAGGUGUCAGGCAUCGAACGGGCGCUGUGUGGAGAGGUGCCAGGCGGACGAGGUGUCUGCGCCUUGGCUCUGCGGGGGUGAAACGUGCACCUGUUGUCUUAAGAAAAAGUGCCCUGACAGCCUCAAGUGCCAGGCAUUGGACGGGCGCUGUGUGGAGAAGUGCCAGGCCGACGAGGUGGCAGUGCCUUGGCUCUGCGGAGGUGAAACCUGCACCUGUUGUGUGAAGAAUAACUGCAACCAGACAAAGUGCUGCGGAGCCUUUGGCGGAAGUUGCGAAAAGAUUUGUUCUGAGGGCGAGAAGCCAGUCGAGGAUCUCUGCCAAGGAAAGUGCCAAUGCUGCGUGGCAGUGCCUACAACAACAUCUACAAGUUCAUCUACUUCUACGACAACAUCUACUUCAACGACCACGUCAACAUCAUCAACUACUUCUACUACAAGCUCAUAUUGCACGUUCAAUGGGGCAGCAUACCCAGACGGCGCAACGCUUGACUUCAGUUGCUUGAUACUGACAUGUGUGGAGGGUAUUUGGAAUGCAACAGGAUAUAUAAGCAAUAAUUGUUCAAUGUGUUCAAUCAGAAAUGACCCGCACUUCACCGACUUCAACCUUUGGUCCUUCGAUUUCCACGGCACCUCGCAAUACUACGUCGCCAUGAACAUCAAUGCCUAUGGAGUGACUGCCGCGUUUUAUCAGUGCUAUAACUUCGUUUCCUGUCUGGACACCGUUACGUACAAAGAUGAUGCAAACACAAUCAUCACAUUCAACAGAAGCAGCGGGAAUACGUUAAGAUUCUGCAGAUAUUCUUUGUAUGUUUGGGCCCAAACCGCCAUCCUCGGAGACCUGGAGGGCCUGUGCCUCUGCGGGCCUGCGUUUAAUGUCAAGCCCACUGGCUCCUUCCAGAGACUGCCUGCUUCGAAGGCAGAAAUCAUCGAGUGGGGCGAAUCGCUAUUAAUUUCAGACACGUUCACUACCACACCCACACCAUUCGAAACCACUACUGCCCCUUCUAUACCGAGCAAAUGCGAAAUCCAAGAUAAGCUCAAGGAAAUGUGCUGGACCCAUCUGAGCCAGGUGUCUGUUAGGGAAAUCUCUGUCGGAAGUUCUUUGCUGAACGUCACUACGGGUGAGUUGGAGAUCCUUUCGUAUUAG